AUGACUUCUGCAAUUACUUCUUCAAUGACUUCUUCAAUAACGGCUGCAAUCUUGGCUACUGCCUUGGAGCUUUCCUGCAUGCAUUGCUUAUUCGCAACCUUCAGUCGAUCACGAUCAGACGACACUACAAUGGAUAAUUUUAUGAGCACGGCAGUGUUCGAUUUGGACCUAGAUAGCGGUACACUGAGUACGGAUGUCCCAGCAUUACUACGUGCAAUCUUGAACAGAACGUUGAAUGGGGGUCUGUUCAAUAAAAAAUCUGCAUCGGAGAGAGUCAUAAAGUCAUUAAAGGACCUUCCAUUACUGUCGAUUUUGGAGAAAGAGUGUCCUAUUUGCUAUGAACUGUUCGAGGAGAAAUCACAAAAGAACCCCAAAAAGCCAAAUACUUGUCCAGAAAAGGUAGUUGGUGCUAGUCGGGAAAUCAAAAACCUUCUUUUGAAGAUGAAUGACAAAUCGUAUCAGUUUGUAGAAGAUGCGCAGCAGUUUGACGACCCAUCACUUUUCUUUCCUGAUGACGAAGUGGCAUCGAGCCAUACUCGUUUUCCAAUGAGAAACAUAAUUACCUUGGAGGAACCGUCGCUGGAGCAGAUUCUACCUGGUUCAAUGACAAGAGAAGAUAAACUAAAGCAACAGAUAAACGAAGCAGGCCAUACUCCCGUCAAAAUGCCAAGCUGUGAGCAUAUCUUCGGAAGGGCAUGUAUCAUACAAUGGCUCAAAAGCAGCGUAACAUGUCCUCUUUGUAGGUCAGAAGUUGAGGUGGGACAGCAAUCAGAUUCUCGUGUUCGCAAAGCAGAAGAGCUUAGGGAUACAACCCAGCUUGUUUUCAACGAUCAAGACAAUGCUAUUGACCAUUUGGCUAAUCAUCUGACCAAUGUUUUUUACCCUUACAGAAGACCCUAUGCUCCACAAAUCACAUCGCUCACAGACUCGUUCAUACCACAAGCCAUUGCAACCCCUUCCCGAGAGAAUGCCGUGGGGUGCCCCGAGCCCGAACUUGUGAUCCCACGGCCAUUUCCUAUAGGUGAGGGCCCCAUUUUGGUCAGCCAUACAGUUCCUGUAGCAGCAGUGAGUACUGACGAAAAUUCACCUCGAGGUGCAUGGCCAUGGCUUCGCAACCUACAACCGCCUUCAGCGAACAGAGGUGGUGGGCCAGACCGGUCUCGAAGAUCUCCACUGGCACAGAGCAGAAGUCACCCGUACACACGGCCGGAUGAAAGGCAGUAG